GCCGCGUGGCACCGUCCCGAGCGCGUGGCGCGGGGCGCCGGCUGCCGGGCGGGGGCCGGGGCCGGGGCCGCGGACGCUGAGGGCGCCUCGGCCGCGCUCAGCCUUUAGAUCGGAGAAUGCGGGCGGCUUGGGAGCGCUCGGGGUUCCCGCAGUCACUCCAGGGUCGAUUUCUCGGCGGGCGCCGCGGCCUGUGCGAGGCCGGUCCCCUCGGAGUGCCCCGGGAGGUGGUGCUGGCCGUCUGAACAUCACAUCCCUUCCUGCGCCCGUGUGUGGGGUGGGAAUGCCGGGUGUAGGCCCUGGAUCAGAGCUGACGGGGUUGCGAGCGGUGUGGGGUGUGCCUGGGACGGUGACCGGAUGUGUCUUCCUGAAUCGUUGUAUUCGAGCUCCAGUUCCCUCUGUUUCUACAGCUGGGCCUCAGUCCUCACAGGACUCCAGUGGGCGUUCAGCCACGCCAGGAGAAGGCGCCCAGGGGACUAACAGGACCCUUGCCUCUCCUGCCCUUCCCUCGCCCCCCCAUGGCUCCCCCUCCCUCCUAUUUAGUAGGUACUUCUCUAGCACCCCACAGCGAUGAUGGAUGCUGGCCCUAAAGCCAGAACCAACAUGAGUGAAGUUUCCUGCAAGAAACGGGAUGACUAUUUGGAAUGGCCUGAGUAUUUUAUGGCUGUGGCCUUCUUAUCAGCACAGAGAAGCAAAGAUCCAAAUUCCCAGGUCGGUGCCUGCAUCGUGAAUUCAGAAAACAAGAUUGUCGGGAUUGGGUACAAUGGGAUGCCAAAUGGAUGCAGUGAUGACCUGUUGCCUUGGAGAAGGACAGCAAAGAAUAAGCUGGACACCAAAUACCCGUACGUGUGCCAUGCUGAGCUGAAUGCCAUCAUGAACAAAAAUUCGACCGAUGUGAAAGGCUGUAGUAUGUAUGUCGCCUUGUUCCCUUGUAAUGAAUGUGCUAAGCUCAUCAUCCAGGCAGGUAUAAAAGAAGUUAUUUUCAUGUCUGAUAAAUACCAUGAUAGUGAUGAGGCAACUGCUGCGAGGCUCCUGUUUGAUAUGGCUGGGGUGACAUUCCGGAAAUUCAUACCGAAGUGCAGCAAGAUUGUCAUUGACUUUGAUUCAAUUAACAGCAGACCGAGUCAAAAGCUUCAGUGAGUUACAUCUCAUUAAAUCUCCAGAAGAUUGGGAUUAUCCUCUUCUAAGAAGUUGCUAAUGCCUUUCAUCUUGAAGUUACACAUAACUUCUUACUAGCCAGUAUGGCAAAAGUAGACAUCUAAAGAAUAUAAAGCCUCAAAUCUUCCUUACUGUCUCUUUUGUCACAUGGAAUCUACAUGUGUUUGAACUGUUGAUUUAGGGUUUAAAAUAGGGGAGCCUGUGGUGGCCUGGUGCACAGUGCUAGAACGAGGGUGCUGGGAUCCUGGUGGCUCUUAAGAGGAGCGUCAGCUGUCUGUCAUCCGCUGCGAUCCGGCAGCCUCUCUUCACUGCUACAUGUGCUAGAAGGACAAAUAAAUAAUUGUGGUUGUGUUCUUAGUGGGGACGAGCAGACACACUGAUCUGAACAUCUGGCCCAAGUGAAGCACGGCAUAUAGUGCCCUUGAAAGAAAAUUGGCCUCAAAUGACAGUAGCAUUGAAGUAUUUGCUGCAGAGUUGAGGGAAACCCCCAGCCACCCUCCCGGAAUCCGAGAUAGGGGGGCACAUCUGUCCUGACAGACGACGAGUGUAACUGAACCAGGAAUCUUUCCUCCAUCCCUGCUCUCCCGCUGCACACAGGGUGGUGGCACAUUAUCCCUCUGGGGGGUGGGGAUGCCUGUUGUUUUGGCUCAAUUCAGGUUCGUUGGUCACACGGAGCUCUUCCAUUUCUUUUCACUGAAAAAUGAGUUGUUCCUAGAGGAGACAGCCUGUCUCUCCUUGUUGCCCCCAAAGCCCAUGCCCUGCCAUGGUGGCAGCUGGGGCUGUGGGUGGGAGGGAUCCCCAACAUGGAUGUGUUGCCCCUCCUCUGCAUGCCAACGCGGUUCAUGUACAAGGCCGCUCUGCAACUGGAGAGAAAAUUAAUUCCUAUCCCGUGAGUGGAUUGUGAGAAAUUCCGCCCACGCGGAGACAGUUCAUUGCGGCACUGUUGGUGUUUGGAGCUCUUCUGUGCCCUGGCUCCGUGCUUUCACCUACACAAACAUCACCUUCCUGAUCACUGCGGGGCGGGGAGCGUGUGGCUGUGCCCCUUCUCUUUAAUCUCAUUUAAUUUUUAUUAAACAUGCUCAGUACCUGUGUUGAGAAAAGGCUUUCUUUAUCCUAAAGAUUAUUACCUUUUUAAAGUGCUCUUAUAUUUUCAUGAGUUUUUAUUUUGUCUCUGAGAUUUUGUAUUCCACAUUCUAGGGUAUUCUGUAAUUUGGCUCCUUACCAAUAUUAUUAAAAUUUUAUUAAAAUCUACCCUACCAAAGCA